AUGCUAUUUCUUCAACUAUUGCCGUUACUGGGACUUGUGCACUCAGAGACGGUAAUUCGUUACCUCCAUGCUUUGUCAGAGAUUCAAAGUUGCUUUGCCAGCACGGAUCUUGUGAGCGAGAUUGAGAAUACCGGUGAUGUGACGGAAAAGGUCACCUUCCUCGUCGAGCUACCCCCAAAUGCUUUCAUCAGAUCUUUUUACUUAGAUCGAAACGGAAAAAUCACAUAUGGAACGAUCAAAGAGAAAGCGAAAGUCGAUGAUGAAUUUGCCGUAGCCGAAAGCGAAAAGAAAACAGCGGUCAGGCUUAGAGAAAGCAACUCAAAGAUCUUCGAGUUGGACGUGAGCCUCUCCGCCCGUUCGCAUGUCUCUUUCAAUCUCACUUAUCAAGAAAUUCUCCACAAAUCGAGCUACGUUUACAAACACGCUGUACUUGUUAGAGCGAAUUUGCCGAUCAAAGACCUUCAAAUCAAUGUGCUGAUCGCCGACAAACACAACUUUUCGACGAUCCACGUGCCAGAGUUCGCGCCCGGUCUCAAUGAGCUUCCCAAUGCUGAGCUUCUAGGAAAAGCAGUUGAUCCUCGCGUUGUCCUUCAAGCGGCCGGUGAUCUAUCCGGAAAUCUUGCCUAUAUUUCGUAUGAAGCCAACCAAGUUACUCAAAAUGGAGAGCUAAUCCUUUUGUUUAAUACAACAGUUCCACCUGGAGAGACCGAGAUUCAAGUGGUGGACGGCUUUUUCCUUCAACAAUUCACUCCAUCAGAUGAGAUGCAACGCGGCAACAAAACUGUCAUUUUUGCGCUUGACAAGAGCGGCUCAAUGAAAGGAAGAAAAAUUCAACAAUUAAAAGACUCAAUGCAACAAAUCCUUCGCGAACUCCAGCCAGCAGAUCAUUUCAAUUUGAUUCUCUUUGAUCGAGAGUCGAAAUUGUGGAAAGAGGAGCCGAUGAAUGCUUCGAUUGAGAAUAUUAAUGAAGCUUUAGAGUACAUCAACUCGAUCGAGGCUCAUGGAGGCACAAAUAUCGCCGACGCUUUGUUGAAGUCUUAUGAAAUGUUGGCUGAUUUUGAGAAAAAGGAAAAAUCUUUCCUGCCAACGAUAGUCUUUCUAACGGACGGGAAAGCGACUGUUGGCAUGAGGACAAGUGAUGAGAUUCUCGAGAUUUUACCCGCAGAGAUCGACUUUCCCAUUCAAUGUAUCGCUUUUGGAAGAAAUGCCGACUACGGACUUUUAAAGCAAAUCUCGGCCAAUCAUCACGGUUUCGCGAAACGAAUCUUUGAGAAUGCGGAAAGUGAUGUGCAAAUUGCUGGUUUCUACAACGAGUUGGCCGUUCCAUUGAUGAAAGAGAUCAAAGUGAAAUACUUGGAUAAUCAGAUCGAUGUUGGCAGUGUUGUGAACGCCGAUGAAAGCCGAAUGAUCUUUGCCGGUCAAGAAUUGGUGACUGUUGGAAAGCUUUCUCCAGAUAAAGAGGACUCUUCAAUGAACUCAAUUGCCACUCAAAUCGAAGCUUCUGUUGAUGAGGGGACAAAAGUUGUUAGUAAAGAAGUGACACCAAGUUCAAUGUGUGUCGAGGAGAGUCUAUUGAAGCAGAUCAACGCCUCGGUGAUUAAUGAAAUUCAAAUGUGUGGGAAAACGAAUACCGUCGGGAAUUUCAUCGAAAGAAUGUGGGCUCAGCAAACGAUUGUCAAGUACGAGAAAGCGCUCGAAUCGGUGGCGCAAAGCGUUGAGGAAAAAGCGAAUGUGGCCACAAGGAUUAAGCAAUUGGCUUUACAGUACGGUUUCGUCACUUCACAAACGUCGAUGAUCGUCGUUUUGGAGAGUGAAAAGAGAGCUCUCCGAGAAACAGCCGCCGAUGGAGAUGAUGAAGAAGAAGAUGAGGAUGUUGAUGUAACGGCUGGGCCUAUGCUUCAAAAAGCCGAUUUUGGGGAAGAGUUUCGAAUUCCAUUUGAUGCUCGAAAAGUACAGUAUCCAGAUGAAUGCUCAUUUGAUCUCUUCAUUUUCGUGAGUGAAACUUGGUCACGACAAAUCAACAGAAUACGAGCACGUCGAUUUGGCGCUGAUCUCGUCUCAAAGAUUCCCCCACUUGCUGAGCCAGUUCCCGGACGGUUAGCCUCAAAUGGAUCGCUUAUUCUCGAAAAUGUCGGCGAUGAAACAGAAUUGUUCAAAAGGAUAAGGGAGAAUCCCCUGCACCGUCACAUCGUUGUCGUGUUGGCCGAAUCGAUUCCCCAGCGCACUCUCCAAUAUCUCGAUUCUCUCCGCAUCGGUCUCACUCGUCUAAUCGUCGUUUCUCCAUUUCACACAUUUACUUCCGAUCAAAAAGCUCUCAUUAAAUCGAUUAGAAAGACGAAUGUUCUCGAAUCUCCGAAGAUCUCUGAGCUAGUCGACUUAUUGAAUUGU